GUUUUGAUGGUUCCCAUCGUCAUUUGCGAAGCAAAGGAUGGACAUUGAGGGUAACGGAGUGACUGCAAAAAUCUGUUUGGAUGCCGAGAAAAUAAAGAUAUCCUGGUAACUUCCGUCCAAAUAUUCGGCUGAGAAAAUCUUACUAGAAAACUGGCGGAGGAAAAAGGAACAACUGUAAAUGAAAGAGGUUCAUUCACUACUCAACAAGUUCUAGAGGCAUUUGGUUAAGAAAAUAGUUAAACCAAUUAUGGCUGCCACUCCGGAAGCAUUCCGUGUGUUUCAUUUAGAUCCGUGUUUCAAGAAUUGUUUCAAGAAUGCAAGCUCUAUGCUUUCAUUCACAUGUGAUGUAAAAUUUGGAAAGCAAAGAAGUUUAGGGCACAUGCAAUUUGGUAAAGUUUCAAGAACACCCAGAAAUAGAGUGAGAGUUUAUGCCUCUCAAGGUGAUAGCAGUACUAGAAUGGGGAGAUUGGAUUUCAUGAGCUGCAAAUGCCAAAGGGCUGAUCAUGUUAGUGGUGUCUCUGCUGGUGAUGGAAUGUCAACAACAGUUCCUAUAAAUGGCACGACUAAUAUUCAUGAUAAGGGAGGCUUUGCCAAUGGUAAGAUGGUUGCAGCUGGAACAGUUACAGAUACAACGCACAAGGUUUCAAGGAAAUCAAUUGAAGAAGAAGCUUGGAAUCUGCUUCGGGAGUCCAUUGUUUACUAUUGUGGUAAUCCAAUUGGAACAAUUGCUGCAAAUGACACAAGUGAUACCAGCAUUCUAAACUAUGAUCAAGUCUUUAUUCGUGAUUUCAUACCUUCGGGAAUAGCUUUUCUUUUGAAGGGAGAGUAUGACAUUGUGCGCGACUUCAUCCUUUACACCCUGCAGUUGCAGAGUUGGGAGAAAACUAUGGAUUGUCAUAGUCCUGGUCAGGGAUUGAUGCCUGCCAGUUUCAAGGUGAGAACUGUCCCACUUGAAGGGGAUGAUUCAGCUACAGAAGAUGUAUUAGACCCUGACUUUGGCGAAGCAGCAAUUGGUCGUGUUGCUCCAGUUGAUUCUGGAUUAUGGUGGAUUAUAUUGUUGCGAGCCUAUGGAAAAUGCUCUGGAGAUCUCUCAGUGCAAGAGAGAGUUGAUGUACAAACUGGGAUUAAAAUGAUUUUGAAGCUCUGUCUUGCUGAUGGUUUUGAUAUGUUCCCAACCUUAUUGGUGACUGAUGGUUCUUGCAUGAUAGAUCGCCGCAUGGGAAUUCAUGGCCAUCCUUUGGAGAUUCAGGCACUAUUUUAUUCUGCAUUACUCUGUGCACGAGAGAUGCUUGCUCCUGAGGAUGGGUCAGCAGACCUUAUUAGAGCCCUUAAUAAUCGUCUAGUUGCAUUAUCUUUCCACAUCAGGGAAUAUUACUGGAUUGACAUGAAAAGGCUUAAUGAAAUAUACCGUUAUAAAACAGAGGAAUACUCAUAUGAUGCGGUUAAUAAGUUCAAUAUCUAUCCAGAUCAGAUCCCUUCUUGGUUGAUUGAUUUUAUGCCUGGUAGAGGAGGAUAUCUGAUAGGGAAUCUGCAGCCAGCUCACAUGGAUUUCCGUUUCUUUUCACUUGGAAACUUAUGGGCAAUUGUAAGCAGUCUUGCAACAAUUGAUCAAUCACAUGCCAUAUUGGAUCUUAUAGAUGCAACAUGGGAAGAGUUAGUGGCAGAUAUGCCAUUGAAAAUAUGUUAUCCUGCUCUUGAAGGCCAGGAAUGGCGAAUCAUCACAGGCAGUGAUCCCAAGAACACUCCUUGGUCUUACCACAAUGGAGGUUCUUGGCCAACAUUGCUUUGGCAGCUCACAGUGGCAUGCAUAAAGAUGAAUCGGCCGGAGAUUGCUGAAAAAGCUAUCAAGCUUGCAGAGAGACGCAUAUCUAGAGACAAGUGGCCAGAAUAUUAUGACACUAAAGGAGCAAGAUUUAUUGGAAAACAAGCAAGGUUGUUUCAGACCUGGUCCAUUGCCGGAUACCUUGUGGCAAAACUCCUACUUGCCAAGCCUAGCGCAGCAAAUAUUCUUACAAAUGAAGAGGAUUCAGAGCUUAAGAAUGCCUUUUCUUGUAUGAUCAGUGCCAACCCAAGAAGGAAACGUGGUCGCAAAGGAUUUAACCAGCCUUUCAUCAUAUGAGCUUAUGUUAAUAAAUGAUGCUGUAGAAGUUUUAUUUCCUGCAAUGUUUUCUACAUGUUUUAUACAGUAUAUUCCAUGAUACAAGUUCAUGUUAGUUUGUAACGUUGAUAUGUUUUCUGCAAUGGUAUUUGCAGUAAAAUCUUAGCAUCAAAGUUAUAAAAAAAAAAGUCAUCU